GUUCGCAAUAAGGUGUCUGGAAAAGUUUUUGUUGUUGCUAAAUCCCGAUUAUCAGCUCUACCUGUUGAGAAACAAAAAGUGAAUGCACCAAAUGGCCCAACUGAUGUUUCUAAAAAGUCAAAUCCUAAGACAAAAGGAUCCUCAAAUUCAAAGACAGAGAACUCAGUGGAGGAUUCAUUUGAGAUAUUGGAGGAAGUAUUGGGAGCUUCUCUUGUGGGUAAAAAGUAUGAGCCAUUGUUUGAUUACUUCAAAGAAUUUUCUGACGUGGCAUUUAGAGUUGUUGCGGAUAGUUAUGUCACUGAUGAUAGUGGUACGGGUAUUGUUCAUUGUGCUCCUGCAUUUGGUGAAGAUGAUUAUCGUGUUUGCAUCGAGAACCAAGUAAUCAAUAAGGGUGAGAAUCUGAUUGUUGCUGUUGAUGAUGAUGGUUGCUUUACGACAAAGAUUACUGAUUUUUCUGGACGUUAUGUGAAGGAUGCAGACAAGGAUAUAAUUGAGGCUGUGAAGGCACAAGGGAGGCUUGUUAAAUCGGGAAGCUUCACCCAUUCUUAUCCCUUCUGCUGGAGAUCUGAUACUCCCCUUAUCUACAGGGCUGUCCCAAGCUGGUUUGUCCGAGUUGAGAAAUUAAAGGAGAAAUUACUUGAAAACAACGAGAAGACUUACUGGGUGCCCGACUUUGUGAAGGAGAAAAGAUUCCAUAAUUGGCUUGAGAAUGCAAGAGAUUGGGCUGUUAGUCGAAGUAGAUUUUGGGGAACACCUCUCCCUGUCUGGGUUAGCGAGGAUGGGGAGGAAAUACUGGUCAUGGAUUCAAUUGAGAAACUUGAGAAGCUUUCUGGUGCUAAGGUAUUUGAUCUGCACAGGCACAAAAUUGAUCACAUUACAAUUCCUUCCCAAAGAGGUCCUGAAUAUGGUGUGCUUCGAAGAGUAGAUGAUGUGUUUGAUUGUUGGUUUGAGAGUGGAUCUAUGCCAUAUGCUUAUAUUCAUUAUCCAUUUGAAAACGUUGAGCUUUUUGAGAAGAACUUUCCUGGGCACUUUGUGGCAGAGGGGCUCGAUCAAACUCGUGGAUGGUAA